CCCUCCGGCCGACCCGUACUGUUCGCUCCUCCACGCGCCACCAUGGAGGGCGCCGCGGCCUCUGCCGAGGGYCUGCGYUACGCCGAGUACGCUCGGGCCCCUACGGGCGCCGGCAAGGGCCAAGCCGAGCUGGACCGGGGGCUGGCGAGAACUAUGAUAGCACUUGGGCUUGGUGUUGCAACUGUUGCAUUUGCAGGUCGUUAUGCUUUCCACCUUUGGAAACCAUUGGAGCAGGCAAUUACAGAGGCAGCAAAGAGGAUUUCGACUUCUAGUCUUUCAUCAUACUAUAARGGAGGAUUUGAACAGAAAAUGAGUAGGCGAGAAGCAAGUCUUAUUUUAGGUGUAAGUCCRUCUGCUGGCAAGGACAAAAUCAGAACAGCACAUAGGAAAAUCAUGAUUUUGAAUCAUCCUGAUAAAGGUGGAUCGCCUUACUUAGCAACAAAAAUAAAUGAAGCAAAAGACUUGUUGGAAUCCAGUGCCAAAAACUGAAACCCGAAGCCUUGGGUCAUUCAGCAGAUACAUUGUGCAAUACCUUUCAUGUCUGCUUGCUCUGCACAGUUCCUUAACAGUGAUUGUUCAUAUUUAUUGUCAUCAUUAAAAUGUUAAGAUUAUUUAAAAGCAAACUGUAAUCUUUGACAGUUAGGUAAAGUUAUGUACAUUAUUUCCUUGCAAGGAGCGGGGAGUUGGACUUGAUCCUUGUGCAUUCCUUUCAACUCGAGAUGUUCUAUGAAUCUGUCUCACUUUUAGUGUAUUUUUACUGAAUUAUGAUCAUUUACAAGCUUUGAAAAAGUUCUCUUAACUCUGUUUUUUUCAGAAGUACUUGUUUCUUUCGUUGAAUUUUGGAUCUUUUAAAAUAUAAUUUUAAAAACAGUCUUAAAUACAGGGUUGUUUUUUCAUUAGUCAAGAAGCAGCCCUAUCUUUAGGGUCACCAUAAAAUCUGUGACAGAGUACUGAGUCACAGGAAAUAUGGCAGAUCCCACUUGGCAAGUUUUCAGCACCAUCUUGUGCUUGCAUCUGCUCAUUCGUGAAUUAUUGUUCAUGGGUGCACUUAGAGAGGUGCAGCUUAAGACAAUGACUGAUGACAAUGACUGCUGACUGCAGCUUGCAUUAGGUGUGUGUAUKGGGCUUGGAGCUAUGAAGGAAGAUUCUUGGUUUUGGUUACUUCUUUUGCAUAUUAAAGGAACUCUGAAACUGUCUACUUAUUUACAUGUGCUUUUACUUCAAGUCAUGGAGUCAGUUUACUUUCUAGCAGUUGGGGUAGUGUGAGGGUUUUCAUGGCAGUGGGACUGAAGAAGGUGGAUCCCUGUGGCAGGGUUUAGGUAGAUUUUCUGGGCUGCUGUUGUCUAGGUCAGCCCAGUCACGUGAGCCUGGUGUAGGACUGAUACAGCAGRGAACAAACAGGACAGUACCUGCUGUGCACAAGGAAAGUUUCCUGGGUUGGUUCUCCAGUAAUGCUCACAUUUCUGCAUUAURCUUCAUGUCCCAAAGCAUACAUACCUCCCUCCUUAUGCAGCAUCUUAGCAAUCUAGUUCUGGCUUUGGGGAAUCCUGAAGUCAUGGAUUUCAGACUUUAAAGAGAACAAGUUUUAAUUGACAGCUGAGAGUAGGUGAUAUUUGGGACACUUGGCUGCUGCAGAUUUCUACCAGUAAGUUGUCUGCAGAUGAAGUAAAUCUAAGAGGAAACAGUCUAGUACAUUGAAUGCAAGACUGGAAAACUUCCUUGUCUCCWUUCAAAUUCUAUCAUUAGCAAACUGCAAACAGCUUGCUGAAGUGCUGCAAAUACAAAAUUUAGAUAUUCCAUUCUCUAGGUUAUUUAGCCAGAGGCUAGAAGCAGUUAAUAUGAGGUUGGUUGCAUUAAUUAUUUAUUCACCAGAGCAUGCAUUUGUAGUUCAUUCAGUGGUGGAUGUUGAGAUUACRUGGAUUUUUCCUGAGAGGAAGAAAAAAUAGGAAUUAUUUUUUUUAUCAGAUUCCUCACACCUUGUCACAAUUCCCUUACUUUCAUUAAAGGAAGAUGAAAAAAUUUUAAGUUGACCCUAAAAGAAAAUACUAAUUUUAGGUAAUUUAGAGACUUCAUUGCAAUUGGAGUGGCAAGACAUAGUGGCACAAUUUCACUGUAUAAAGCAAAAAUGACCGCCAGGAGAAACCUGCCUGGGAAUACUGUACAUAAAACUAAUGCUCUAAUGCAAGUAGCUUUAAUGAAAAUAGUUUAWUCCUUUGCAGUAGCUUUAAUUGGUUCUUGUUAAGGUGUAGCCAUAAAUUAAUGCACAUUUAGUGUUAGUCAUUCCUUUCAUCAGUACGUCAGUCUGUAUUUGCAAAAAAUAGAAUCAUGACCGUUUUCAUUUUGGGAGGAGACAAGCGGGAURGUGAUGUUCCUACUUUUCUGAAGUGGAAUCUGUAAGUGAUCUGAAUCAUUUUGCAAAAGCAAAAUUGAUGUGAAUGGUAGGUAGCAAAAACAUUCUGCUUAAUGAUUUUGAAUUGACUAGCUGUUGUUUUCAUAUAGCUAAAUUUUCCUGAGUAAAAUGAGUUGCAGAGCUCUCUCAAAUGCAUUAAAGAUGGCUAUUUGCUCUGUUCUUAAAAAUGAACUUCCCAUGUUUUUUAAGAAGUACAGGGUUUGUUUUCUUUUGAGAUUCUGCUGUCGAUAAUUUCCUUCCUGAUCGAAUUAUUUGUAUCUGAUUAUGGCAAAACACUUUUCUGCCUUUCAGUUAUGAGUUUUUGUCCUUCAUAACAAAAAGAAACAAAACCGAGUUUUAGUUCUGCUUUCUCCCCUUUUUUUUCAGAGCAGACUACUGACCAGUUAACAAAUUUGGUAAGUUAAGAAAUUAAAAAAUUCCACAGAUUAACAGGCUUGAGCUAUCUCUGGAAAAUGCUGCAAAAUGAAUAAAGCUAAUGAGUAGUGGUUGUAAAAGCAUCACACAUAGAAUAGCAUAUUUURUCUUGUCUGUUUACUUGCACAGCUUGCUUUACCUACUAAGUGAUGUUUAGAAGGAUGAAUUUAGGACAGGGAAAGGCAAAUCACAGAAAUGCUGCUCAAUUUGUUAUUGCUGAUAGUCAAUAUGGCAGGCUGAGGAAUGUCUUUGGAGAUUGCCUUGCAGAAGAGCACCUGGAUUGAUGCUCAGCUGGGCUAGGAAGAGCAGUAUACUAUUAUUUUUAAAAACAUAGCCUGGUAAUUUAAUCUUAAAAAUAUUCAGCCUCUUGGGACUAUUUUCUUURCAUGUCAGAUGCAUCUGUUUUUUGUGUAAGAAAAGUGCGUAGAGGUUGAUCUAUGGUGCAAUUUCUGUCCAUCAGUAGUAACAGCAACAAGCAGAGUCAUUUUUCAUAUGUUGCUUUAAUAUUCAGAAAAUGUUCAUCUGUACUUCUUAGCUUGGGAAUACCCAGGUAGUUUUCUACUUGGAUGAUAACUAGUCCCAGAUAUCCUCUACAGCUUCGUAAGUCAGGCAAGACUGAGUGCAUUUAUAUGGCAUUGCURUGGGAGAUUCCCAGUUUAUUUAAUGAAACAGAGUUUGCUCAUCUGCCUGGUUUUUGCUCUUAGUUGUGGGAGUUUUACCUGGUAUUUCAUCCUUUACUCUUGAUGCAGCGGUAAGGCAUAGGUUUAUAAGAAGACCCAGAAAUCUGGUUAUCUGCCURUGCAUGAGUGAAACUUGCAAAAUUUUGCUGACUUAGGAUGAAACUGGGGUAGAAUUGAGACCAUAAAAACAAAGGCACAAUUCACAAAACCUUUGCCUGAUCUUCCAGGUAGUUUUAAAGGUUAAAAUWCACUCUCCUGUAUGGUUAGAUUUUUGCUUCUGUAUAGGUGUAAAAUGACUUCCUUCUUGCAAAGGCUUUGCAACACUUUUCUCAUCCUUAACAGAUUGGGUGUCUGGUGUUCUUCAGUUUCUUGAAAAGCCUGACCUGGUAUCUGUGGUUAUAGGGUGCCUCGUCAGCCUGGGUGUGAAAAUCACAAUAUCUGAAGUGCUACUCAGGUGAGACUGGAGAUCAACUGGGUUGAGGAGGUGACAGUGCUUGCUCUGCUUCCUGCYGCAGCUGUGCUGCUCAAUGUGAGGCUCAUAAAGCCUGCAAGUUUCCUGGGCCUGAGUGCUGAGCUCCRGGCAGCUUCCAGCUGUGAAAUGAUGUCUAAACAACAUGUGGAAAUUCACCAGCUGAGGUAUUACUGACUUCCUUAAGAGCCCCACUUCCCACAGGUUGGUUUUUAGGGUCUUUCCUUUAAUUCACACUUCUGUGAGCUUCUAUAUGCUAGUCUGACUUCAGCAAGCAUUGUAAUAGACUAGCACUAAGUGGCCAGCUGAACUUCCCAGAACUUUUUAGUUGAAUUGUGACAAAGUGAAUGCUUUCCUUGGGUCAUAAACAGCAUCUUUUUGUGGGUAGAUUGCAACACCAGAUUAGUGAAUUUGCAUCAUCASCAGCAUAAUCGUGGGACUUUUGAAUGUUGUCAUUUCAACGAUUGCUCUCAAGCAAGAGGUUGUAUGUGUAUGUACAUGUAUGUAUAAGCACGCACAGGUUUGUACACUUACACAUGGCUUUUCAGGAUCCUGUGUGAAAUUUUGCAYCUGUGUUGGGUGCAAAACACACUUUUUUAAAAAUAAUACUUUUCUUGAUUUUUUUUUUUUACUAAAUUUUCCAAAUCAAAUCAAGACAGCAAAAAUAAUGCUAAAGUAAAUUGCACAUCUUAAUUUAAUUAUGUACAUUAAUAGGAAGCCAGUUUAAAAARAAAAUCAACACACAUUGYCCAAUUGUCUCUAAUUUUUGCAUUUUAUUGAGUUUAUUCUCAGUUUUGCUCUGGUAUGGAUACAUACAAUGUAGUUAUGAGUCUUUUAAAGCAAUAGUGUUCUUCUGUCGUACUGUAUUUGUAUAAGGUCCACGUACCCAGCUUUUUUUAAAGGAGGCAAAAGUAAAAAAGACAGCUUUUCKGGAUGUUGCCCAAAUAAAAAUUUCUGUUUUCAAAUGAUUAAAAUUUCAGCCUCAUUUAAAAUAUACUUUUGUAUUUUACUCUGGGGGCAUUGAGUAGGAGGGAGGGAAUUCUAAAUCGUUAUUUGAUGUCUUACUGAUUGUGAAUGGUCAAUGAACCAUGGACUGAGAAACUCCUCUCGUGAAUACUUAAAUUGUAAGCCUAGUUAGCAAUACACCUACUUCCUUUAUUAUUAGGAAAUCACAAAAYUAUACUUAGAAUGAGAAGUGUCAUUUUGACAAUGGUAACAUCAUCAGAUUAAUAUUCUUAAGAUUUUUCAAGAGGUAGUUAUGGUACACAGAGUAAUUGCUCUACAGCUUCAUGUGACAUUAAAAYGCCUCUACUGUGCUUUUGCAAUUUCCUUAUUUAUAUACUGGCUUAUACAAGGAGAGGUUAAUUAGGAGGAUUUUUUUUUUAAUAUGGCAAAUAUUUUAUCUAAUAAAUGCUUGUUU